AUGGGUGUUUCUUCGGGUGCGGCACAUGAAGAGCGUGAUGUUGUCCGAAAGUUUCUAAUAAACAAAAACAAAGAGCAGCAGAAAACUUAUCAGAGAAACAAGACAAAAUGGCAGCCUCUCUACAAGCAGCUGCUACUCUUAUGCAACCAACUAAGAUUGGUGGUGUCUCUGCCAGAAACAACAGCUACAUCUAGGCUUUCUUUCUCUUUGGAAGCUGAUCUUAAAGAUUUUUCUCAUAAAUGUAUUGACACUUCCAUGAUUGCUGGAUUUUCCCUUGCCACUUCUUCCCUUGUUGUCUCAGGAGCUAAUGCUGAAAGAGUUCCAAAACGUCUAACCUUAGACGAGAUUCAGACAAAGACAUACAUGGAAGUAAAGGGAACUGUAACUGCCAACCAGUGCCCUACCAUAGAUGGAGGUGUUAAUAACUUUGCCUUCAAGCUAGGUAAAUACAACGCCAAGAAGUUCUACUUAGAGACAACACCAUUCAUUGUCAAGGAAGAGGGUGUAAGCAAAAACUCAGCCCUAGAGUUUUAA